GGAUAUUUAUAAUCAUAUUAAUAUAAGAUGAAAAUAAACAAUAGAAGAUAAUACUUUAAUGGAGUUUGAGUGCAUGGUCAUAAAAAAGGAAACUUUGAAUCACUUAAUUUUAAAAAAAUUGCGUUUUCCAGGGCUACUUAUGUUAUAAUUCUUAGCUGCGAAAAUAAGCGCCGUUACUAUCAAUAAUUAAUGUUUUAUAAAGGUUAUCAGUUACAAAUAAAUGUAAAAAAGUCUGCAGUUAUUUAUUAUUUUUAAGUAUUAACAAUAAAAGUUCCGUAUCAGUUGUGUAAACGAAAUGAUAUUGUCAAUAUUAUUUGUUUUAAUGUGUGACUUCUAUCUUAUAAAUAGUGCAAGAAUUCUAACAAUAAUUCCAAUAGCUUCGACAUCUCACCAUUUACCAUUUCAACCGCUAUGGAGAGAAUUAGCUUCGAGAGGUCAUCAAGUAACAUCAAUAACAACAGAUCCGCAGAGAAUAACUUCGUUGGAAAAUUUGAAAGAAAUAGAUAUGAGCUACUGCUACGAUAUAUACGAAAAACAUAAGCUAUUAGAAACUAUGAUUGGAGGUAACAACAGUUUUAUUGAAAAAGCAACUGUAAUAAAAAAAUCUCUAACGGAAUGUGACGCGUACCACUUAGAUUCCAAAGAAAUUCAAAAUCUUAUCAAUAAUAAGAGUAUUGAGUUCGAUCUACUCAUGAUCGAAGCUCAAAUGUCGACUAUGUUCGCUUUUACUUGGAGAUUCAAAUGUCCAACUAUAGCUAUAGCUUCUAUGGAUCCUUCAUUGCAAUUUCACGAUUAUUUGGGGAAUUUACUACAUCCUAUAGUUAAUCCAGAUUAUAAUUUAGAAAUUGGAGAUCCAAAUGAUAUGAGUUUUAAAGAGAGAUUAAUAAGUUUUGUGUAUGUGUAUUUGUAUAAAUACUUUCUAUAUGAAAAGUUUUUUACAACAUAUCCAGAUAUAUUGAAAAAAUAUUUCGGUCAAGAUUUACCUCCUCUAAAAGAUCUUCAGAAUAACAUCAGUAUGAUGUUUAUUGGUACACAUCCGUUGUUUCAUAAUGUACGUCCUAUGAAUCCUAAUACUAUUACAAUUGGAGGCGGGAUGCAUAUUAAACCUCCAAAGGAUUUACCAAAAGAUCUCAAACAAUUUCUAGACGAAGGGAAAAACGGCGUUAUUUAUUUCAGUUUGGGAAGUAACGUCAACUCGAAUUUAUUAACCGAAGAAUUCAAGAAAGCCGUUAUCGAAUCGUUCGCUGAAAUUCCGCAUAAAGUCUUACUCAAAAUGGACAGAGAAAUUCAAGGUUUUUCGGAAAACGUUCUAGUCAGGAAAUGGUUACCGCAACAAGAUAUUUUAAGACAUCCUAAUGUGAAGCUGUUUAUAACGCAAGGUGGUCUUCAAUCUCUUCAAGAAUCCGUGAUAAAUGGUAUACCUUUAAUAGGCAUCCCUUUUUUUGGUGACCAAAUAACAAAUGUAAAUAGAAUGGUUAAAAAAGGGUAUGGGAUAAAAUUAGACAGACGUACGAUUACCAAAGAAUUACUGACAGAAGCUAUAAAAGAAGUAAUGAGUAACGCAAGUUACCAAGAAACUGCGAAAGCUAUGGGUGAAAUAUUUAGAGACGAAGAAAUUCCUAGUCUCCAAAGGGCCGUCUACUGGACGGAAUACGUCAUUAGGCACAAAGGAGCGAAACAUCUAAAGAGUCCUAUAGUUGAUAUGCCAGCUUGGAAAUUCUAUAUGUUGGACGUACUAGGAUUUUUAGCUAUUAUUCUAAUCCUUAUUCUUUUUGUAAUAUAUUUAUUACUUAGAACUCUUUUUAGGAGGUUAACACUGAUCAUUAAAAAAUUCUUUUUAAACGUUGAAAAAGAGAGAGAUACAACUGUCAAAAAAGACAAAUAGAGAAAAAUAGUGUAGAAGUCAAGCUAAGACAUUUAUUAGACGAAUAUUGAAUAUUGAAAAAUUUUUUACGAAAUUAGAUAGGCUACUGUGUAUAAUUUAUGUAAUAGUUUUAUAGAUAUAUCAAAAAUUCUUGAGAUAAUAAAAGUAUUAAAAAGUGAAA